AUGCAGAAUCUACAGCUUGGUGACAAUAAACUUAUCGGUGAAAUACCCAAAGAGAUAAGCAAUCUUGUUGAGUUGGAGGUACUUGAUCUUUCGGGCAAUAGUUUUAGUGGUUCACUUGAUAUGGAGAUCUUCAACAUAUCAGGGCUGAGAUUCCUAAACUUGGAGAGAAACAAUUUAACAAGUGAUUCAACAUUAAGGUUUCUGACUUCCUUAGCCAGUUGCAGAAAUUUAACAUUUCUAUCUGUAUAUUUGAAUCCUCUAAUCGGCAUGCUUCCUGCCUCCAUAGGGAACCUUUCCACCUCUCUUAGAACAUUUGUCGCCAACAUUUGUAAAAUCAAAGGGCGAAUUCCUAAUGAAGUUGGGAACUUAAGCAUCUUAUUAGACCUUAGCCUUUCUGGAAACAACUUGCAUCUGGGUGAUAUUUACUUGGAUCAAAAUCUGCUUUCAGGAUCUCUUCCGAAUUGUUUAGGGAAUAUUACUUCCCUUAGGGAGAUACAUCUCGGUUCCAACAAAUUGAGUUCCAAUAUAACACCAAGCUUAGGGAAACUUCAAGAUCUAGUUGUUCUUGACUUAUCCUCAAACAACAUGAAAUUGGAGGCUUGCAAAAUCUGGAAAACCUUUCUUUUGAGACACAAGAAGUUACAAGGAGCUAUACCUGACUCAAUGAGCAACAUGGUAGGUUUGGAAUUCCUAGACCUUUCUCACAAUAAUAUAUCUGGAAUCAUUCCUAAGUGUUUGGAGAAACUUCAAAACUUGAAGUAUUUCAAUGUUUCUGUCAACAAAUUGUAUGGUGAAAUACCCUCUGGGGGCCCUUUCAAGAAUCUCUCGAUGGUAUUUGUUACUAUGGCCUUUGUGCUCCUAUGGAUAAGGUAUAGAAGAGGUAAAAGUAUACCUCAACAAGCUGAGUCAUUGUCUACCGUAACACGAGAAAGAAUUUCAUACUAUGAACCACUCCAAGCAACAGAUGACCUUAGUGAGUGUAAUCUGAUUGUUUUCGGAAGUUUUGGCUCUGUUUACAAAGAUAUUCUCAGAAGUGGAACUGCCAUUGCAGUUAAAGUCUUCAACCUGCAACUGGAUGCGGCAUUCAAGAGUUUUGAUAAGGAUUUUUGCGCAGCCUUCGUCAUAGGAAUCUCGUUAAAGUCAUUACUAGUUGUUCCAAUCUUGAUUUCAAGGCUUUAG